CGUCGCAGCUGGCAGGCGGCUGGGCAGCUGGCUAGCAGAGCUCUGUCGGCCCUGCCGCUACUGCUCGUCACUUGCUCGCCCCUACGCCUUAGGGGAGUCGCCCGUCGCGCUCGUCGGGGCUGCAAGAGGAGGGAGACCACGUGGCUGACCCCGACCUUGUGUGGCCGUGCUCAGGUGCGCCGUUAGGGUCGUGCAUCAUCGAUAUGAAUAAUGCCGAAGAGGGAUGGGUGUGAGGCGGCGCUAGGAGGUUGCACAUCCAUGCCGAGGAGCACCACGCGUCUGACCCCGACGCCGACAAAGCCGCCUCGUCCUCCACACGCGGUAGAGUUGCUGCUCUCGGUGGUUGCGUCGCCGGAGGUCGAGCAGGGCGGCGCGCUGCCUAGUCUCGUCAUACCAGGUGGAGCCGCUGCUGCUCGUGGCUCGGCCGGAGCAGGGCAGGCGUGGUGUACGUGCUGCUUCUCGCUGACGCAGGGCAGACGCGGUGGAGCUGCUGGUGCUCGCCGGCGCCGGUGGAGUAAAGGUAGGGGAGCCGCCAUGGCAUCCCGACGGUCAGCAGCUUAUGGGGGAGGGGUUGAUUGCCUUUCUUUUUCAUAUAUAGGGGUGUAUGUGUUAAUUAUUUGCUGAGUCAGCUCCUUACAACCGGGUUUUAUUUAUCAGAAAAUGAUCAAACGGAUUAAAUCGACAAUACUGUAAAAAGUUUACUGAAUAUACGGUAUUUUUCUAUAAAUAAUUAAUGACCUCGUGGUUUUCUGCAAAUGAUGUCUCGAGUGUUUUUUGCAAUUCACUCACGUGACAGCGAUGCCAGGACCAUUUGUUUGUUGCUGCACCUACCACCCAACAAACUGGACGUACUGAUGCCAUUGUUGGUGAUACUCACUCACUGAGAAAAAGCAAUCGACAAAGAAAAGGGUAGCCAGCAGAUCAGCAAGCUCUUGCUCCAUGGCAGCAAAUCCCACCAUCGUCCUGCUGCCCGCCUGGGGCGUCGGCCACUUCAUGCCCAUGAUCGAGGCCGGCAAGCGCAUGCUCCAGUGCAGCAGCAGCGGCGCCCUCUCGCUCACGGUGCUCCUGAUGCCGGCCCCGACGGCCCAGGCCGCGUCCGACAUCGCCGCCCACGUACGCCGCGAGGAAGAAGAAGCCGGCGCCGUCGACAUCCGCUUCCUGCGCCUCCCGCCCGUGCAGCUCCCGACCGACCACACGGGCGUCGAGGAGUGGAUCUCCCGUAUUGUGCAGCUCCACGUGCCCCACAUCGGGGCCGCCGUCUCCGCCCUGGCCUGCCCGGUCGCCGCGCUCGUCCUCGACAUCUUCUUCACGCCGGCGCUCGACGUGUCCCGCCACCUCGCCGUGCCGGCGUACGUCUACUUCACCUCCGGCGCGGCCAUGCUGGCGCUGUUACUGCGCUCGCCGUCGCUGCAAGACGAGGUGGAUGGCGAGUUUGAAGGCGCGGUGGACGUGCCCGGGCUCCCGCCGGUGCCGCCCUCCUUCCUGCCGGAGACUUUGCUGGACAAAAGGAGCCCGACUUACACAUGGUUCCUGUACACGGGGAGGCGCUACAUGGAAGCCAACGGCAUCAUCGUCAACACGGCGGCCGAGCUCGAGCCCGGCAUCCUCGCCGCCAUCGCCGAAGGCCGGUGCACCAUCGGCGUGCGCGCCCCGACGGUGUACCCCAUCGGGCCGGCAAUCUCGCUAAGAAGCCCGCCAGCCGAGCAGCCGCACGAGUGCGUGCGGUGGCUCGACUCGCAGCCUCGGAGCUCGGUGCUGUUCCUCUGCUUCGGGAGCAAAGGGAUGCUGCCACCGUCGCAGGUUCACGAGAUAGCGCGCGGCCUGGAGCGCAGCGGGCACCGUUUCCUCUGGGUGCUGCGCGGCCUGCCGGUGGACACCACGACGGGCGCGAGAGACCCAACGGACGCGAAACUCGCCGAGCUGCUCCCGGAGGGCUUCCUGGAGAAGACCAAGGGGAGAGGGCUGGUGUGGCCGACGAGGGCGCCGCAGAAGGAGGUACUCGCGCACGCCGCCGUCGGCGGCUUCGUCACGCACUGCGGCUGGAACUCCAUCCUCGAGAGCCUCUGGUUCGGCGUGCCCAUGCUGCCGUGGCCGCUCGCCGCCGACCAGCACCUCAACGCGUUCGUGCUGGUCCACGGGAUGGGCGUGGCCGUGCCGUUGGAGAUGGACAGGGAGCGUGGGAACUACGUCGAGGCGGCGGAGCUCGAACGGGCGGUCAGGUCGCUGAUGGGCGGCAGAGAGGAGGGGGUGAAGGCGAGGGAGAAGGCCAUGGAGAUGAUGCGCGCCUGCCGCAAUGCUGUGGAGCAGAGCGGUUCUUCCCACGCUUCGUUGCAGAGGCUCUCCGAGGAGCUCGUCGGAGGCGCGGUGCUGCCGAAAAGAGGAAGCACCACUUACACGACGUCCGCGCAGCCGGAUCACGUGUCUCCUCAUGUGUAGUCUUUCGUGUAGCUCCAGGGUGGCCGAUGUAACGUUUCUUUAUGUCCACCUAUGUUGUGCUUUGGAAAUAACUAGCAAAAUGGCCCGUGCAUUGCAACGUGAGAAAAAUAAUUAAAUCUUCAAUGAUGCUGAUCA